AUUUUUUUUUUAAACGCCUCUUUCGCACAAAACUUAAUACGUUUGCCACAAAUCAUUCGUUGGGCUGACAACAAACAAUUCACUUUUAGGCGGCCAUGGAUGGCGGAUAUCUGGCUUCUGGGAAUCUGUUACGUCGUCGUCAUUGUUGGUAGCCCGUUAACGUUUUUUGGUUUGUUUUUUUAACCCCACAUAUGUAAGACCCCCAAAUCCCAAUCGAGUAAUAAAUGCAAUUGCCGACCCCUCGCUGGAUUGGCAUCUUGUUUGGUUGGAACGUAUUUUGACGAGUGUAGAAAGUACAAAUACCUGAAAACUGUCCCCGAGUACUAAACUUGAACAGGGGUAGACGACACUAUCACAUCUCACAAGCUUCUGUUGCAAUUUGUCUGAAUUUCAAUGUCCUUUGGUGAUGCAACUCCCUUUUUGUCCGUUAGAUGGUGACAGAGUCCAGAAAACCUGGAGCUGAGUGGACCCUUCGAGCCAAGUCAAUCUUGAGACAAGAAAAGCGAAAACGGGGGAAGGCCUCAGUGUUUCUCGAAAUGCCAAUUAGCAUUAGCAUGAUAGUUGCAUCAGGUUUAGUUUGUCGCAACCAGAGUCCUGAUGAGGACAAGGACAUUUUGGACUCUCGCAGAGCCGACGAGCAUGCAGCCGAAGGUGAAUUCUUGGCCAUCCAGAUGAAUUGAAUGACGUUUUUGAGAACCAACCCAAAUAUUAUUAUUUGCUGACCUUUGGAUUGAGAUUUAAGUCAGUUCCAUUAAACGCCUUUUAUGAAAUGGCUUAAAGUGCCAAAUGUAUUUCUGAUGUUCCAGUAGGCUUUUGCUGACAUUUUUUCUUUUGCUUUCUAGCAGACGCCCAAAGGUUUGUGCCAACGCUGACUGCCACUUGGAGCCGCUCGUAGUCCCGUUAACCUUGACAAAGGCUCAAGGUGAUUCGUUCCAACAUGACAAACGAGUAUAAAAAUGUGAGAAAAUGAAUUGUGCUUGAGUGCCUUUUUCAGACACGCCACUUGGAAGCUGAAACUCGUGAGAAAUUCAAAGAAUCUCCCUGCUCCCUUCUACGUUCCACUAGAGGGCGUCCAUCUUGUUCUCUUCCUCAGUUGCCAUCUUCAUCAGUCUUGGUGACUUUGUUCAAGCCAACACACACGUAGGCACCUGCACACACGUUCACACUUUUUAUUUCGUGCUGCGGUGCACUCUUGUGGAAGAAAAGAAUCUUCAUCUGCUUCUCUUCUUCUUGUUCUUGGGGAGACCAUUUGACGGCUGGGGGAAGGGGGCGGAAGAUCCGGAGGAAUGAAGGUGUGCGGUGCUCUGCGGUUGGUCGACCGGCUCUCUCUCCAUCACUUGGCCCGUCCUUAUAAGGGCAGUCCCCGCCCCCUCUGCCGUGCCGUCACAGUCGUGGGGUUUUGGGGUUUUGGCGUCGGGUCCUGUGGGGCCGCGGGGCUGAGAGUUCUUUGCCUUCUCAUCAUCGCGCCGUCCUCUUCCUCGCCCUCCUCUUCACCUCGCCUUGUCUUUAGGGAAAACAGGGGUGGGGGGGCAAGUCUUUGCUUUCGUGCAAUUCUGCGAUUUUUUUUUUCUCCCCCCCUCUGAGGAUUUUCUUUCGCUUCUGAAUUCCCCGAUUAAAUUUCCUCUCACGGUCGGCUUCGAAACGUGAAAAAGCAAAAACAAAAAUAAAAGUAUCCCGGCAAGGCGGCACAACAUUUUUCCUCGGCCUCUGGGGCACUUUUGCCAACUUCCAGAAGAAACGAUUGAAGACCAUUGCUUGAGUUUUCCUGCGGGACAUUCUUCCUUCCGCUUGCUCUCCAUCUGCUUCUUCUCGAUCCAGGUCCGGGUUGUGGGUCUUGAGGGAUGUUCGGGAUUCAAGAUGGGAUCCCGCGCGGCUCCACGGCGAGUCUGAAGGAGGAGCCGUUGGCGGUUCGCUCGUGGAUGCAUUCGAGCGCCGUGCUUGACGCCAACGCCGCCGCUCAGAGUGGGGUGGGCUUAGCACGAGCCCACUUUGAGAAGCAGCCGCCGUCCAAUCUGAGAAAGUCCAACUUCUUCCAUUUCGUGCUGGCGCUGUACGACCGCCAAGGUCAGCCCGUGGAAAUCGAGCGCACUGCCUACGUGGACUUUGUGGAGAAAGAGAAGGAACCCACCGCAGAAAAAACCAACAACGGAAUUCAUUAUAAACUGCAGCUGCUCUACAGCAACGGAGUGCGGACGGAACAGGACCUCUACAUUCGACUCAUUGAUUCCCUGACCAAACAGGCGAUCGUCUAUGAAGGUCAGGACAAGAAUCCGGAGAUGUGCCGUGUCCUGCUGACCCACGAGAUCAUGUGCAGUCGCUGCUGCGAUAAGAAGAGCUGCGGAAACAGAAACGAGACGCCCUCUGACCCGGUCGUCAUCGACAGGUUCUUCCUCAAGUUCUUCCUCAAGUGCAACCAGAAUUGUCUGAAAAAUGCCGGAAACCCGAGAGACAUGCGGAGGUUUCAGGUGGUGGUGUCCACGACGCUCACCGUGGACGGGCAUGUCCUCGCCGUCUCGGACAACAUGUUUGUGCACAACAACUCCAAACACGGCCGCCGAGCUCGGAGAUUGGACCCGUCUGAAGCAGCGUGCCCGUGCAUCAAGGCCGUGAGUCCCAGCGAGGGCUGGACGACGGGCGGCGCCACCGUCAUCCUCAUCGGAGAAAACUUCUUCGACGGCCUUCAGGUGGUCUUCGGGAGCAUGCUGGUGUGGAGCGAGCUCAUCACGCCGCACGCCAUCCGUGUGCAAACUCCCCCCCGACACAUCCCCGGAGUGGUGGAGGUCACCUUGUCGUACAAGUCCAAGCACUUCUGCAAAGGGGCUCCCGGACGCUUCAUCUACACGGCCUUGAACGAGCCCACCAUCGACUACGGCUUCCAGAGGUUACAGAAGGUCAUUCCUCGUCACCCUGGAGACCCGGAGAGGCUGCCCAAGGAAGUGUUACUAAAGCGAGCCGCUGACAUGGUGGAAGCAUUGUAUGGGAUGCCUCCUAGCAACCAGGAGAUGAUCCUGAAGCGAGCGACGGACAUCGCCGAGGCCCUCUACAGCGUGCCGCGUAACCACGGGCAGAUCCCGGCGCUGUCAAACGCGACUUCCCACGGCAUGAUGGGAGUCAACUCCUUCGGUGGCCAGCUGGCGGUCAAUGUCAACGACAGCACUCAAGGCGGAUACACUCGCAACGGCCAGCAGUCGCCCAGAGGAUACGCCCCGACUUCCACCCCCCAGCAGACUAACUACGGCAACACCGUCAGCAGCAGCCUCAACGCCUACGCCAACUCGAGCAUGCCCAACCUCGGGGCGGCCUCUUCGCCCAACUUCCUCAACGGCUCCUCCGCCAACUCCCCCUACGGCAUUGUGGCGACCAGUCCCACCAUGGCGGUGUCGAACUGUAGCUCCGCCCACGGCGUGUUCGCCUUCUCUGCCAGCAUAAAAGCCAAGAGCGCCUUCGCUCCUGUGGUUAGGCCCGCCUCCUCGCCAACGCCGACCAACAACUGCGGCGUCAACGCCGGACUGCAAGCCAUGUCGGGCCUGGUGGCACCGCCCAUGUAGAAGACCAACGGCGAGCGAGGAAGCGUCCGAGUGAGGAGGCGAGCCGGCGACGAUGAGCGGCCGACCCCGACGAAGCAGCCGUGCGUUUGUCCGCGCGCAGCCUCUGUGCGGAAAGCGUGAUGUCAUGACGGCAACGUUUUCAACAACCUUUUCUGAUGAAGCCCCCCCCCUCCCCCAACCUCCUGCACCUGCUGUGUCAAGUGUCACUGUAAUGUUUCCUUAACGUGCUUCAUCAACAAGUCAUUUUCAUCGGCCGUAGAGUGUGUGCGUGCGCGCAUAGUCUUCUAUCCGGAGCAAAAAGAAACGUGUCAAAGUUUUGUGGUUUUAAUUGUGGAGUUGUGACUUGAUGUUAUUUAUGCCUCAUGCAGAAUAAAACAAAAAUUUAAUUUACA